CCAGACUGUCCGGAAUCUCAAGGGCGAGACGAGAGAGAGAGAGAGCGCGCUCUCGAUCACUGUCGAAAUACCUCUUUUCUCUCACCUUCGUUGGAAUCUUGACUUCGAUCGGUUUCUCCGACGUUUCUAGAACAUUGCGGGAUGGUUUACUGAAUCCUCCGGCGUUCCACGUCCUUUGACAUUUCGUCAUUACUAUUUUUUCAGCAUAGUAGUUGAAUUCGCUGUAGAAGAAUCCCUAGAGAGGCUCGGUAGUUUCGAUGGACGUGUACGGCCGCAGCCAGGCGAUGAGUGGAGCUCAAUCUGGUCAAGCACCCGAAUGGAGCUCCGAAGGUGCCGACACGGGCCUCGAAGAAUCGAUGUGGCGAUUAGGGUUGAGCAGUAGCGAGACGUACCCGGAGCGACCUGGAGCGCCUGACUGUGCGUACUACAUGCGAACCGGCAUCUGUGGAUAUGGAAGUAGGUGUCGUUACAAUCAUCCUCGAGACCGUGCUGUGGUUGAGGCAGCUGUUAGAGCUACAGGAGAGUAUCCUGAACGAGUAGGUGAACCCCCAUGUCAGUUCUAUUUGAAAACUGGAACCUGUAAAUUUGGGGCGUCAUGCAAAUUCCACCAUCCAAAAAAUGCAGGUGGAUCCAUGAGCCAAGUUCCACUAAAUAUACAUGGAUACCCAUUAAGAGAGGCCGAGAAAGAAUGCUCCCACUAUUUGAAAACAGGACAGUGCAAAUUUGGUGUAACCUGUAAAUUCCAUCAUCCCCAACCUGCUGGUACGACAACUCCAGCAUCUACACCGCGGUUUUAUCCAUCGGUGCAAUCUCCUAUACCUGACCAGUAUUCAGGCCCGUCCUCUAGUCUGAGAGUAGCAAGACCUCCUCUUUUACCUGGUUCAUAUAUGCAAGGGGCUUACGGUCCCAUGCUCUUAACCCCAGGGGUCGUUCCAAUACCUGGCUGGAAUCCUUACUCGGGACCAGUGAGUCCUGUUCUCUCUCCUGGUGCACAACAUGCUGUUGGAGCAACUUCUUUGUAUGGAGUCACGCAACUCUCUUCUUCCACGCCUUCGCUUGCUGGGGCUUAUCCAUCUUUGUCCUCUUCAACUGCCCCUUCUGUCGGUAGUCAGAAAGAACAAAUCUUUCCUGAAAGACCUGGUGAACCUGAAUGUCAGUACUAUUUGAGAACCGGAGAUUGUAAGUUUGGAUUAUCUUGUAAGUUCCAUCAUCGUCGAGAUAGGAUUCCACAAAGAGCAAACUGCAUUCUCAGCCCAAUUGGCCUCCCCUUGCGCCCGGGAGUCCAGCCAUGCACAUUUUACCUGCAAAACGGCUUCUGUAGGUUUGGAUCCACAUGCAAGUUUGAUCAUCCAAUGGGAACCCUCAGAUACAAUCCAUCGGCAUCCUCUCUGGUCGAUGCGCCAGUGGCUCCCUACCCAAUGGGCUCUCUCCUCCUGGGUGCACUCCCCCCUUCGUCCUCAUCCUCCGAACUCACCAUAUCUACCUCCCAGAAGGAUGCCUAUCUGACUGGUCUAUCCCCUUCAUCCAGCAUCUCAGCCGGUUUGAUUUUCUCCCAAAGCGGCCCUCUUCCAUUUCCUGAUCUUCAACUCUCAAGCCACACUGUCACUCCUCCAUUAAGCAGCAGCAGAAUCACAAGGCAAGGCCGUGAGAUUCGGCGCUCAUUUUGACCCAAACAGGAACACCAGUAGUCUGUCAAGCGCCUUGGACCGCCUUUUCAAUUGUUAUCCUCAGUAUUCAAGGUUUGGUAAAAGUUUUUUUCUAGGACCUGACGGAGCUCGACGAAAUGGCAACAUACGGAUGCAUAUACAUAUAUAUAUUUGUAUGAAUGUAUGUAUGUAUGCGCAUAGGGAGAAAAGCGAAGGCUGUGUAAAUGUAUAGAGACAAGCAAGCUCUUCCUUGGUCGUCUUGUCCCACAAUUGGACCAUCGCUGCUGAAGGAAGCGAUUACGUUAGUCGCAGUCUCUCUUUUUGUUUUUAGAUCAUUAUUCUCUGUUUUUUUUUUUUUGUUUAUUUAUCUCAUUUGAUUUAAGGACGUACGUGUAUGUUGGGUCUUUUGUUUGAUUCUAUGUGGUGGAAGCCGUGUUAUGUUCCAAAUCA